CGCAUCUAUUACCUUCAGACUUAAAGUCAGCACCUCAGAGGACGUUUUACUAAGUGAACUAAAUUAGUACCAGUAGAAGAACAAGUCAACAGGAAUCUCUUAACAGUUGCAAUAAAAACUUGAAGAAUCAAGAUGCUGUUUGCAGUAGGUGCUUCGUUCGUCUUCACUUUCAUUCUUGGUAGCUUGUGGUACUCUCCCCUGUUGUUUGGACGUACCUGGGCUAGGUUAGCCUACCCAAACACACGCAUGGAAGAUCUGGGUAAAGGAGGAUCAUUCGUGUACCCAAUGGUGGUUAGCAAUGUUGGACAUUUGUUGAUGUGUGCCUUCCUUAACAUGCUUCUCAGGAAUUAUAUCCAUGCGAGCAGCAUCCAAGAGGCCACCCAGAGCUCACUUCUUGUUGCUGUGAUAGUCGUAUCUCCCCAGGUCGCCCACACAGCCUUCCAGAAGAAACCAUGGCUCCUUUACCUCAUAGAUCAGAGCUACGAUGCCACGGUCAUUGUGGCCUGCAGUGUAAUCAUGACAUGGCUUGGCUAGAAAAUGACGUUAUAUUGUCUGAUAGACUAGUCUGUGCUCAAAGUGACCCACACAACCGAUGAGAGUUGGAAACUACAUUACCAUAUUAUGCCUAGGUCACAUUUGCUC